AUGUCCACUGUCAAGGCAUUAAUUAUUGUUGCUGUUAAGAAACAAUGGCCUUUGUUCCAACUUGAUGUCAACAAUGCCUUUCUGCAUGGGGAUUUGGAUGAAGAGGUUUUUAUGAAGCUUCCUUCUAGCCUGGUUGUUGAUCCUCCUCCUUCCACCUCAGUUCCAUUAGUAUGCAGGCUACAAAAAUCCCUUUAUGGGCUGAGACAAGCUUCUAGGCAGUGGUAUGCCAAGCUGUCUCAGGCCUUAUGUUCGAGAGGCUACUCUUCCUCUCUUAAUGACUAUUCCCUUUUUACUAAGGGUUCUGGUGACUCUCUUGUUCUGCUGGUUGUGUAUGUGGAUGACAUUAUAUUGACUGGGACUGAUUUAGCUGAAAUAUCUGCACUUAAAUACUCCUUCCAUUCUCAGUUCAAAAUCAAAUAUUUGGGUUCCCUGCACUAUUUUUUGGGUAUUGAGGUGUUGUAUACUCCUCAGGGUGUUCUGUUGCAUCAGAAAAAAUUUAUCCAUGACUUGUUGGUUCAGUUUAACUCCUCUGAUUGCUCUCCUGUUAUGUGCCCUUUGGAGUUACAUGAAAAGUUUUUGACUGAUAUGGGGGAACUCUUCCCCAACCCAGAGGAAUAUAAAUGUUUAGUAGGAAAUUUAAACUUCCUGACACAUACUAGGCCAGAUCUCUGUUUUGUUGUUCAGCAUCUAAGCCAAUUUAUGCAAAAACCUUGCAUCCCUCAUAUGAAGUCUGCCUUGCACCUACUCAGAUACCUAAAAGGAACUUCUGAUGUUGGUGUGUUCUUCAACAACUCUCCUGAUUUCUCACUUGAUGUGUACUGUGACAGUGAUUGGGGUGCAUGUCCUAGUAGCAGGAAGUCAGUUACUGGUUUUUGUGUGCUUUUAGGUAGGAGUUUAGUAAGAUGGAAAUCUAAGAAGCAACCUGUUGUGUCUCUAUCAUCUGCUGAAGCUGAGUAUAGGUCUAUGAGCAAAGCUGUUGCUGAACUUUCUUGGCUUGAAUCAUGUCUCCAUGAAAGGACCAAGCAUAUUGAAUUGGAUUGUCAUUUUGUUAGGAACAAGUUGUCUGAAGGCCUCAUUGAUCUUUCCCACACUGCCAGUGCUUCCCAGUUUGCUGAUAUGUUCACCAAGCCUAUUGUUGGUGUUGUCCAUCAUCUUCAUUUACGCAAGUUGGGAGUUGUUUCCCCUUCCAACUUGAGAGGGGCUAUAAGAAUACACACCAAAGGCAUCACUUAA